UACUGCUACUUUACAUUUAAAACCAUGCCUACACUGCUUUUUCUCUUUGCCGCCUCUCUCUCAAAACCCCCAAAUUUCUCAUUUCUUCACGCCAUUGAUGUUUUUCUGAUGUUUUUUUGAUUAAUUUCUUCAAAUUCGACUUCCCGGGAAAACAAUUGUGAACACACACACAUUUUUAUUUUAUUUUUUUAUCAAUUUUUUCAAUUUCACAGCGAUGGAGGGAAGCAAAGAGCACAGAGACACCGCGCGUCGUUUGGUAGGGGCGGAGGGAAGUUCAAGAGAUCUGGUACCCAAGGUGGUGAGGCGGAGCGGCGCGCCAACUGGAAAUGCAGGUAAUGGUGGACCGGAGCUUGUGAGGACCUGCUCCAUGCUGCCGGAGUUCGGGACGAUGAUGAUGGACAAGUUGAAGAGUGUUGCUGGCGGUUCGGGACUGCAAGUGCAUGCUGCUGCUAAUGGAGCUUUGAAACCCAACGGGGCUGGUUCAACAGAAUUGCCUAAGCCGUCGGUUGAAUCCAAGGGAAAUCUGGUUAAUGGAGCAAAUCAAGCUAAUACGACUGGGGGUAGUUGCGCUGGAGGACAACCAGCUGCUUUGAUUGUUAGCAUUGACGAAGCACUGAUGAAGAGUGGCAUGGUGGACAUGCCAUACGUCUCAACCAAAGGAUAUGAGCCAAAUCAUAGCAAGACGGAGGGAUUCCUGUACAGAUACAAGAGGGGAGAGGAAGUCAAGAUUGUGUGUGUUUGCCAUGGUCUGUUUCUUACACCGACAGAAUUUGUCAGGCAUGGCGGUGGGGGUGACGUCGCUUUCCCUUUGAAACACAUAGUUGUUACCCCUUUCUCUCCGUGUUAACAACUAUAGUUGUGUGUUAAGCCUGUCCUCACCAACCUUAGCAGAAUGGUUUGCAACAAACCAUAGCUGUAAAACUAUCUAUGACUCUAAUUUCCUGUGUUUUCAGUGCUAAGAAACUUAGAUGGCAUUGUAAAUGACUAGUUAAACUUAAAUGUUCAUCUACUAUUUUUAUACAUUUCAUGGGGGUUUUAAGUCA